AUGACCAGUCAACUACCAGAGGAGUCUGUGGAGACCCAGAGCUCAGAUGAGCUCGAGUGCAAGAUCUGCUACAACCGCUAUAACCUGCGACAGAGAAAACCAAAAGUGCUGGAGUGUUGUCACAGAGUGUGUGCCAAAUGCCUUUGCAAGAUCAUAGACUUCGGCGAUUCCCCGCAAGGAGUCAUAGUAUGCCCGUUUUGCAGGUUUGAAACGUGCCUGCCAGACGAUGAGGUUAGUAGUCUUCCUGAUGACAACAACAUCCUUCUGAAUUUAGCUUGUGGGGGAAAGGGAAAGAAGUGCCUACCAGACAACCCAACAGAACUGUUGCUGACUCCCAAAAGGUUGGCGUCUCUGGUUAGCCCUUCUCACACCUCUUCUAAUUGCCUGGUUAUAACAAUCAUGGAAGUUCAAAGAGAAAGUCCCCAGACUCUAAACACAACGCCCGUGGUGGAAUUUUACAGGCCUACGAGUUUUGACUCUGUUGCAACUGUGUCCCACAACUGGACAGUGUGGAACUGCACAUCUUUGCUCUUCCAGACCUCAAUUCGGGUGCUAGUGUGGUUGCUAGGGUUGCUGUACUUUAGUUCCUUGCCUUUAGGGAUUUAUUUACUGGUAUCUAAGAAAGUCACCCUUGGGGUUGUCUUUGUAAGCCUUGUUCCUUCGAGCCUUGUUAUUCUCAUGGUUUAUGGCUUUUGCCAGUGUGUUUGCCAUGAAGUUCUAGACUGCAUGUCGUCUUGA